AUGGGCCAUAGAAGUAGGUCACUCCGAUCAGAUGUAGAGAUGAGCGGUGCACAUAGCCAUGGUAAGGGUGGAACUCAAAGCUCAUCGAACGUCGGUGUUCAUCCAACAAGACCGUUUCGGCAGUUCUCAACAAGGUCAAGGGCCAAAAGUUCGGCCAGCUUUAAGGGAUUACAUCGGAUUGUAGCUAAUGAAUGCGUUGGUGAUGCAGAUGAUAAUAUUGUGAAUGAAAGUGGGUUUAAGAAAAGUAAAAGUUCGGACUCUCUAUGUCGGAAACGUGCUUUGAGUGGACUGAAUAUGACAGCUUUGGGGAGAGUGAGAUCCCAUCCAGCUCAACCAGCCAUGUGGAGAUCAGGGUCUGAUACAUCUUGUAAUAGUUUUUCUGCGGCGCAGACCAUUGGUAUCAAACCAAGCAAGAAUAAGAGCACGCAUUCGGUUGUCGAUAUGAGAGACGGAGAAGAGCUUUACGAUAAUGACUCAACAACAGAUGAGGAAGUUGAGUACUUCACGGAUGAAGAGGAAGAGGACGAAGAAAACGAUAUGAAGAGUAGUAAUGAUAUUAGUUCAGAUAGAGCAAAUAACAGUGGGGACAAUGAAAAAGUUGAUCAUAGGGAGUCCUCAGAGAACUCCUUGUCGGAGAAUUCUCGUUCAGUGCUACUCUCAAAAACAUUUAGUGAUCUUACAAUUCCUUUUCCAGAGAAAGAUAAUGAUAAUCAGGUUAUUAAUCAACCUAGCUACAAGGUCCCUUCAAAUCUGAUAAAACGAAAAGACAUCAAUGAAGAGCACCUUCUGAAGGAACAUGCUAUAGAAGAACCUCAUAAGAGCGAGACUGGAUUCGAAAUUGAAGGCGACGAUGAUAAAAUAACAAAUAAUGAGCGAGAUGACGAACCCAAUAAUGUUGAAAUUGACGAGGAUGGCGAUGAUCAUAUAAGCCAUCCAGAUAUGAAUGAGUUUAUUUCUGAUAAUGACAUUGUUGGCAUCAGCAAUAGUUUGACAAGACAGGCAAACAAUCAUGGUAGUAUCAAUACGCCGGGGUUGACUGAUAAUAAAAACUUCAUAGAUGAUAAGAAAAGGGAGGAAAAUGAAGACGGGUAUGACACAGAUAAAGCAUCAUCAACUAACGAAGAUUACGUACCGAACAUGUUUCUUUCUCAGUCUACCGGUGUUGAAAGGAGAUUUGAACAACUACCGUCCAUGCAAAACCCUUUUGCAGAUGACUUUCCAAUAAACUCAAAUAAUAAGAAGCAAGAUAUCAUUACCGCCUAUGAUAAUGAUGGCACACAUAAUAAGAACUUUUUGAAUUCAAGUGACGAUACUGGAGUUUCUCAAGGUCAAUUUCCAAAAGAACCAAAGCAACAACAUUUCCCCAACCCCAUCUUAGGUUUGACCACUAGUUUACAAGGGUCUGGCACUGGAAGCUCACAGGGUUUGGCUCGCAUGGAGAAUUUUUUGCAAAAAAGAGCCUCUCAAAAUUCAAUACUAAGAUCGGACCUGCGGUCUUUACUAUCAUCGGAAAGACCACAAUCAUUGCAAAGGGAGCAAGUAUCGUCUUCAAAUGUUAAUAAUUUUGCUCAAUUUUUGAAGUCUGAUGGCAUCGAUGGCGAUUCAAGGACUCAACGUAAGCUUUGGCUUCAAAGAGAAAACUCCAUCAUGGAUCUGAGUUCCCACAAUGAUGGAAAUGAUCCAAUCUUUAUGGCUAGCAAUGUCGAAGUCAAAAGGGAGUUUGAAAGAAUUUCUCGCGAAUAUAUAAACGUAAGAAGAUUUGCUAGUCCUGUUGAGGAGGCCUUGAUGAGAAUCGAGACUUCUCAAAUGGCAAUUGGCAUUAAGGGAUCCCAAAGAACUGAUUCAGAUAUCAAUGAUAUUAUAACCCCUAACUAUGGCUCUAAAUAUACCAAGGUCGACGAGUUUUUACCACAGACAGAGAACACUAAGCUUCAUAGAAUCUUAUCAGGCAUAUGGAAAGAAGAAAGCGCUCUCUUCAACAAAGAUACGAAUCCUUUGAAUAAGCAAAAGUCAAACUCUGGAAGUCACAAGCAUUUUCAGUCGAAUCGCGACUCUUUGAGAAAUGCAAUGGGGUCAGGUCCGGGACCACAUCAAAGAAUGGUGAACUCUCUGCAGCCUACCACAAGAGCAGUGCAUAGACGUAUGGAGAAUAGCAUCCAUCAGCAGCGAACAUGA